AUGGUCUUCAUCGAAAGAUUUCGUUUAGUUAAGAAAAUGUUUACAAUUGAAGAAAAAUUCAACCGCCAAAAUGAUCGUAUGCACGCACGCAGCUCUAAAGAAGCCCAGGAAGUCAUUGGAAGAGUGGACAGAGCAAGACUCCGCUCCAGCUCACUAGGCCAGUUUUCAACUCAGCAUUGGUUACAAAAGAACAUUCCAGAGUUCAUCUCUACCUCGAAUUGGCCCUCAGAAAGCCCUGAUUAUCAGCUUUGGUCCAAACUGGAGAGGAUGGCAUGCUACAGAGCACACCCUAACUUGGAAAGCCUAAAAAAGUCUCUGGUCCGAGUAGUUGAGCGCUUUUCUCGAGUGCUGCGUGCUGCUAUCGAUGACUGGCCACGGAGAUUAAAUGCCUGACCUUUGCAAUCACCCCACGGGUCGCGCGGCCGACUCCUUAUCGGUCGCAUUUCUCUACCAGUGCUCUACUCCACUCCUACCUUGUUUCUAUUGAUGCCCUAUAACGUUUCCAAGCAGGCGACCCGAACACAGAGCCCUACAUUUCAAUUUUCGAUCAGUUCUUAUUAA